AUGGAUCCAGUUGUGGUCCUGGUGCUCUGUCUCUCCUGUUUGCUUCUGCUUUCACUCUGGAGACAGAGCUCUGUGAGAGGGAAGCUCCCACCUGGCCCUACUCCUCUCCCAAUUAUUGGAAAUACCCUGCAGUUAGAUGUUAAGGACAUCAGGAAAUCCUUCAGUCAUUUCUCAAAAAUCUAUGGUCCUGUGUUCACUAUGUAUUUUGGCAUGAAGCCCGUCCUGGUGCUUUAUGGAUAUAAAGCAGUGAAGGAAGCCCUGAUUGAUAUGGGAGAGGAGUUUUCUGGAAGAGGCCUUUCACCAGUGGUUGGAAGAAUUACUGAAGGGCAUGGAAUCGUUUUCAGCAAUGGAAAGAGAUGGAAAGAGAUACGCCGCUUCUCUGUCACGACCCUGCGGAGUUUUGGCAAGAAUAACAGGAGCAUUGAGGACCGCAUUCAAGAGGAAGCCCAGUGCCUUGUGGAGGAAUUGAGAAAAACCAACGCUUCACCGUGUGAUCCCACUUUUAUCCUGGGCUGUGCUCCCUGUAAUGUGAUCUGCUCCAUUAUUUUCCGGAAUCGUUUUGAUUAUAAAGAUCAGAAUUUUCUUACCUUGAUGGAAAAAUUCAAUGAAAACCUCAGGAUGUUGAACUCCCCAUGCGCACAGCUCUGCAAUAAUUUCCCUCUUCUCAUUCAUUGUUUCCCGGGGCUUUUUAACAAAGUCAUCAAAAAUACUAAUCAUAUAAAAAAUUAUAUUUUGGAGAAAGCAAAAGAACACCAAGAAUCACUGGACACUAACAACCCUCAGGACUUCAUUGAUUUCUUCCUGAUCAAAAUGGAGCAGGAAAAGCACAAUCAACACUCUGAAUUUACCAUGGAAGAAUUGCUAGGCAUUGCAACUGAUUUGUUUGCAGCUGGGACGGAGACAACAAGCACCACCAUGAGAUAUGGACUCUUGCUCCUACUGAAGUACCCGGAGGUCACAGCUAAAGUCCAGGAAGAGAUUGAACGUGUGAUUGGCAGACACCGGAGACCCUGCAUGCAGGACAGGAACCACAUGCCCUACACUGAUGCCGUGAUACAUGAGAUCCAGAGAUACAUUGACCUCACCCCUAAUGUCCUGCCCCAUGUGGUGACAUGUGACAUUAAAUUCAGAAACUACCUCAUCCCAAAGGGCAUGACUGUAUUAACAUCACUGACCUCGGUGCUACACGAUGACAAAGAAUUCCCAAACCCAAAGACAUUUGACCCUGGACACUUUCUGGAUGAGAACGGCAACUUUAAGAAAAGUGACUACUUCAUGCCUUUCUCAGCAGGAAAACGAAUUUGUUUGGGAGAAGGCCUGGCCCGCAUGGAGCUGUUUUUGUUCCUGACCACCAUUUUACAGAACUUUAACCUGAAAUCUCUGGUUGACCCAAAGGACCUCAAUAUCACUGCAGAUGUCAGUGGGUUAAUGUGUUUGCCACCCUCGUACCAGGUCUGCUUCAUUCCUGUGUGA